GACGAAUUGAAUUUAAACAGGUGGCCUAAAAAUGUCCCAUUAAGUGCGCCCUUCUUUCAAGUGAUGUUUAUACGUCGCAAGCAGACGAUCUCAAUCGUCUUGUUAUAAACAGUGAAUUUCACCGGGGCCCGGCAGAGUGCAUGGUGCAGUCAUGCAGUAGAUGAGGAUGUUAAUAUCAUAGACUUAAUCGGGGCAUUGACAUUUUGGCGGAUUUUUUACCACACUAAAUGCGUUUUGGAAAGCUGCAGCAUAACGGUAUUCGCAAAUCAGAAAACAUUUCAUGUGCCCAGUGAACUUUUAAUGCUGAACAAUGUCAACGGGAACAUUAAUUUUGUGUUUGAUUUUCUCUACCUUCUGUUUAUGUUCAGGACAAAAUGAUCAGAAGCCCCGGAUUUAUUACCUGCAUAUAAAAUCUGACAUCCGGUUUCGUUUCGCGACUACGCUGGUAACCAGCAAGGUCGCUAAUCCCGCCAACAUGUCACAAGAGGUCAAGUUUGACGUCACUCUUCCAGAUGAAGCCUACAUAUCGGACUUCAAAAUGGAAAUCGGAGGACGAAUUUACCCAGGACAGGUGAACGAAAAACAAGUUGCGCAGAAGAAAUAUGACGCAGCUAAAAAGAAAGGUCAAAGCGCCGGACAAGUUAAACAACAACCUAGGAAAACAAACCGUUUCUCAGUGGAAGUCAACGUAGCGGCGCUGGAGAAAGUAACCUUUAAUCUGACCUAUCAGGAGCUACUGAAACGUAAACGAGGCUCUUAUGAUCAAGUGAUUUACAUAUCCCCGCAACAGAUAGUGAAAGACCUUAGAAUAGAUGUCUUUAUAGAAGAAUCUAGAGACAUCACGAGCGUCAGAGUUCCACCACUGCGAAAUGACUUGCAGCAAGUCGUGAAUUCUACAGGUCAAAACGCACUAGCUGUUAUUGAAAGACCGACCAAGCGGUCUGCACACAUCUCUUACAAUCCAACAGAGGCGGAUCAAAGGCAGAAAUCCAGUCAGGGAAUAAACGGACUAUUCCUUGUCGAAUACGACAUCGACAGAAAAUCGGAUGCCGGAGAUGUUUUGGUAGUGAAUGGUUAUUUCGUUCACUUUUUUGCCCCUUCGGAUAUGGAGGAAAUCCCCAAAGACGUUUUGAUGAUCCUUGAUGUCAGUGGGUCCAUGUCGGGGACAAAACUUAAACAGAUGAAAAAGGCCGUGCUGAGCAUCCUUAGUGACCUGCAUGACGGGGACCGUUUCAAUAUAUUGCAGUUCAGUGAUCGUGUAUACUAUUACAAAGAUUCACCAGUGCUUGCUAAUCUGGUGUCCGUGGCUGAAGCAAAGGCUUAUGUGAAAAAAAUGAAAACCAUUGGAGGGACCAAUAUCAACGUGGGUCUUUUAAAAGGUAUCGACUUUCUGAAAACCGCAUCUAACACUAAAGAAAGGUCCCAGAUUAUUUUCUUCCUCACGGAUGGAGAACCGACGUCUGGGAUUACUGCUAUUGACAGCAUACUCCGGAAUGUUCAAAAUUCAAACACAAAAUCCUUUCCCGUAUACAGUUUAGCGUUUGGGCGAGGAGCAGAUUACGAAUUUGUUAAAAAGGUUGCUAUACAAAACAAUGGACUAAGUCGAAAGAUUUAUGAGGAUUCGGAUGCCACACUUCAGAUCAAGGGAUUCUAUGAUGAAAUCUCAGCUGCCGUACUAAAAAACGUUUCAUUUAACUAUCUAAACAACGCUUCCGACAUUCAGAAUCUCACAACAGCUACUUUCCCGUCCUAUUUCACAGGAUCGGAGAUUGUGGUCGCUGGAAAAUUGGAUGACAAUACCAUUAAACUUUUUGACUUAUCUGUGCAAGGUUUGGGGUCCAAGGGUUCUGUAGAACUGGCCUUGUCAGCGGAUGUAAAUGCAAAGCAAUUUCCCGAACUCACAAAACCAGGAGACUACCAACAAAUCACAGAGAAAAUCUGGGCGUAUCUAACUAUCAAGCAGCUCCUAGAAAAGUCGAUCGGCGAGACUGACUCAACUGUCAAAGAGGAUAUGAAAAAGAGGGCGUUAGAGCUCUCACUAAAGUAUAAAUUUGUGACACCACUUACCUCUUUGGUGGUCACCAAGCCUGACAAAAAAGAUGUGGGGGAUUUAUUGGAGGGGGAGGAUGCAGACUUGACUCGACAGGGUGGAAGCGGCAGUAGUGGUCCAACAGGCAGUAGUGGCCCAAGUAGUAGUGGUUCAAGUGGUAGUGGUUCAAGUGGUAAUAGAUAUUCUAGUUCUUUACUUUCCAAACGUCGUGGCGGUGGCGGUGGUGGUGGUGGCGGUGGUGGCGGUGGUUCCUAUGGAGGCGGGGGUGGCGGCGAUCCGCAUUUCAUGAUAAGAAUGAAAGGACUGGACCAUCCACUGUGUUUCGAUAUCCCCGCCAACUCCGGAGAUGUCCUUCGUCUCCUAUCGGAUGCACACACAGGUUUAUUCAUUAAUGCUGGCAUCAUUCCUUCGUUCAAAUUCGACAAACAUGGUCACAUGAAGACAUUCAUGGGAGAGGUAGUCAUUCUAUACAAGAGUCAUGUUAUGAAAAUCACAUCUACAAAAAUCGUCUACGAUGGAGCCGAACUAUUUUGGAAAGACAAGACACCCUUCAAAUUAAAUGGCGUUACGGUUCAGAUCCAGACCAUUCAUGGAGACAGGGUGAUGUAUGUUGACUUCGGAAACAACGUAGAAGUCGCCAUCAAAAGAACUAUUGCUUCUGUUAAUAUGUCUGUCGACUACUUGAAUUUAUACAUCGAAAACGAGGCUGGCCUUUCGCCAAAAUCGGAAGGAAUUCUUGGCCAGUUUUUACACCGUUAUGUGUCCCUCCACAAAGUAAGAACAAGUAAAAAAGAUCAGUUAGUCGGCUAUCUCCGCAUCAGGGAACCAGGUUUCCAGACUGCCAGAUCUCGUUCAGUUCUCGUUAAGAGACCAGACAAAAUCACGGGCGAGCGAAUACUGUGUUGGAAUGUUCACACAAAAGUGACUGGACUAUUCGAUAAAAAAGUAGAAGAAUUCUUCUUAAAAGACAUCAUGCAGAAGUAGCAUUUCGUGUUUCCACACUGAAUGUGAUUAAAGAGUAACUUUGUGUGUUUACGCUUCGCUGCCAUGAAAUAUGUCGUGUCCUGCUAGCCUGUUUGCAAAUAGCCUUUUUUUCGUUUCAUGUACAUGUUUAAACACGUUCUGGCCAUUUAUGCAAAUCAUUAAGAUCUUUCAUACAAAUUAAUGCAUGCAUUUCAUAUAUCAUUUCUCUUUUAUACAGCCUAUAUUUUGAUACAGAAAAAAUAAAUCAAACUGUUAUACAA